AUGAAGCCGGACACAGAGGGGCCCCUGUCUCUGUGUGAGCUGUGUCUGGCUCAGGUGUGCCUCAGCCUAGAUACUUUGUGCACCAGACGUCCUGAUCACUCUCUGUGCCUCAGUAUUCCCACAGUCUUCCCACAAGAGAUUGCAGACCAGCUUCUUCAUUUGAUGAGUAAAAAAGGUAUACUUAACGACUCAACAGCUGGGAUUUUCCGAGACUGCAAACAGUUCCGUCUUCGUCGAGCCACCAUCCGCUCCUGCACUAUAUCUACAGACGCUUUCCGCCUGGCCCUCUGCCCCCACAGACUCCAAGAACUGGACGCAUCCUGGGUCUCCGGAGGCCUCACAGGAGCUGAUAUCAUCUCAGGCCUCGUUUCUAACCUGGAGUGCAGAAAAAGCCUCCAGAGGUUGUCCCUGAAUGGACUUUGUUUAGAUUGGAGUACUUUAAAGAAUGAAAGAGGCUGCAUAGGGUUCAGCUCUCUGCAGGGUGUUCGGACGCUCUGUCUCGCCAACACAGACCUCAACGAUGAAGUCCUCGAGGAUAUAUGCGCUCUGCCACAACUGGAAAUGCUGGAUAUUUCUUGCUGUGCUGUCUCAACCCUCACUCCCCUGCUCCAGUGCAAAAACUCACUCAAAUCAUUGAUAGCACAUCGACUCAGGCAGCUUGAUAUGUCCUCAUCUAGACUGCUUUCAGUCCUCACUCAACUCCAAUGUGUGAGACAUCUUGACUUUUCCGAUGACCACUUGAGCGAGGAUAGCGAUGGCAGCAGCACAGAUGAGAUGGUGAGGCAACUUCUGGAGGGUAGUCCCCAGGUUCUCCCAUCCCUGGUGUCUCUGGACAUAUCAGGGCGAAAGAGAAUCAGCGAAACAGCAGUGAGAGCCUUUGUGGAGGCCAGGAGUGGAGUCGUUUUCCUCGGGCUGAUGGCGACUAGCGUUAGCUCCUGCGAUGCCCUUGAGAAAUGCAAGAAUCUAAAGGUAACUGGAGAAGCUAAUGAGAGCCAGGUGUGUGAGGCUUUGAGAAGGUACAGAGACAGAGAGUGUUUCAUUCGAGAGGCCCUUGUCCAUCUUUACAAUCUCACCACAGACAUCGACAAACCUCGGCCCGAUUUGCUCAAGCUGGUGUUGAGUGUGAUGCAGAGCCAUCCCUCGUCCCUGCACGUGCAGCUGGUGGCCACAGCCUGUGUGUUUCAUCUGACCACUCAGAGCCUGUGCGAGGCCAUGCCCCUGCCCCUGCUCUCCUGCACCGUCACUCAGCUGCUGCUGGCCAUGGACACCUUUCCCAGUAAUACACAAGUUCAGAAGAAUUGUCUUUUAGCUCUUUGCAGUGACUUCAUCCUUCAGGAGGUGCCGUUUGAUAAGUAUGUUGCAGUCUCAUUGGUGAUCACCUGGUUAAGCAGUCAUGAGGAUCCUACUCUUCAGAGAAUGGCUGUAGCUGUCAUCUCCAUCAUUAUAUCAAAGAUGUCCUCAGAAGAGACAGCUCAGCUCAGUAAGGACGUCUCUAUAAUGAAGCAGCUUCUGACUGUAGUUCAGCAGAAGGCCAUGGUUGGAGUGGUGGACUCGACUUUGAAGUUUGCCUUAAGUGCUUUGUGGAAUCUGACCGAUGAGAUGCCCAGCGCAGCUCGCAACUUCCUCGAUUGUCUGGGCCUGGAGCUGUAUGAGGAGGUUUUAGAGACCUUUUGCACCGAACCAUCAGUUCAGCAGAAAGUCCUUGGUCUUUUGAAUAAUCUGGCAGAGGUGGAGGAUCUGCAGUCCGAUCUCAUGGAUGAAGAUCUUCUAGAGCAUGUCCUCAGUCUCCUGCAGGACGGACAGUUGGAUGUCGGAGUCCGCUAUUUUGCCGGUGGAGUGUUGGCUCAUCUUGCUUCCAGACCAAAAGCCUGGACUUUGGAUGAAGAGCUCCGCACCACUACCAUUUCCCAGCUGCAUUCAUCUAUAAUGACGUGGAGCCACCUGGAGCGAGAGAUGGUCUCCUAUCGGUCAUUCCAACCCUUCUACCCCCUGCUUCAGACCAGCCAGCCCUCAGGAGUGCAGCUGUGGGCAGUUUGGGCCAUACAUCUGGUCUGCAGUCAAAACACCGCACAUUACUGCAGCAUGUUGGAGCUGGAAGGUGUGACUGAACUUCUCAAAGCGUUGGCUGCUCACUCGGAGACCCACCAUGACGUCAAAGAGAUGAUCGACAGCAUUUUGUCUCUGGUAGAACGACGUUUAAGUGAGGACUAA